AUGCCAUUGGAUUUUGGAAGACUAUCAUGUAACUUUUGGAAAUAUAUUGUUAAAUAUAAAGCAGAAGAAUGGGCAAAGCAAACUGGACAAUUUUAUAUUCAGAAUAUUUGCUUAAAUCCAAAUUACCAGAAGGAUUUUUUUUAUAGGGUAUAA